GAGCCUCGGCCCCUUCUGUACUCGCUGUCACGUCAUUGCGUCGGGUCAGCUGACAGGGAGGCUUCGAAGGAGGGAGCGGUCGACAUCUUGACGGGCAGAUGACUGAAACUGACCGUGAGACAAAGCGAGUUGGGGAGCAUCUUGUGAGCAAUUGGAGAUUCCAGGGGUACCGAUUUUAUUUGUGGUGAACGACGACAGCCCGGUAUUAGGUUGUGAACGAGAAAGAGUUGUUUCAUCAUGUUGCAUGAAGACUAAAUAAUUGCCACCAUGAUUGGAGGACUGUUCAUCUAUAACCACAAGGGGGAGGUGUUGAUCUCCCGAGUCUACCGGGAUGACAUAGGGAAUAGGCGUAAUGCGGUGGACGCGUUCCGUGUGAACGUGAUCCACGCCCGGCAGCAGGUGCGCUCCCCCGUCAACAACAUCGCCCGCACCAGCUUUUUCCACGUCAAGCGCUCCAACAUCUGGCUGGCGGCCGUCACCAAGCAGAACGUCAAUGCCGCCAUGGUGUUUGAGUUUCUCUACAAGAUGUGUGACGUCAUGACCGCCUACUUCGGCAAGAUCAGCGAGGAGAACAUCAAAAACAACUUUGUGCUGAUCUACGAGCUGCUGGAUGAGAUCCUAGACUUCGGAUACCCCCAGAACUCUGAGACAGGGGCACUGAAGACCUUCAUCACCCAGCAGGGCAUUAAGAGCCAGCAUCAUACGAAAGAGGAGCAGUCCCAGAUUACCAGCCAGGUGACUGGGCAGAUUGGCUGGCGGCGUGAGGGCAUCAAGUACCGACGCAACGAGCUUUUCCUGGACGUUCUGGAGAGCGUUAACCUGCUCAUGUCUCCUCAAGGUCAGGUUCUGAGUGCGCAUGUGUCGGGCCGUGUGGUCAUGAAGAGCUACCUGAGUGGCAUGCCCGAGUGCAAGUUUGGCAUGAACGACAAGAUCAUCAUCGACAAGCAGGGCAAAGGUGGCACCACCACCACCGACGAAGCAGGCAAGAGUGAUCUGGGGGGCAGCUCUGGGAAGCAGGCCAUAGCGAUCGAUGACUGCACAUUCCAUCAGUGUGUGCGUCUCAGCAAGUUUGACACGGAGCGCAGCAUCAGCUUCAUCCCCCCAGAUGGAGAGUAUGAACUCAUGAGAUAUCGCACCACUAAAGACAUCAUCCUGCCGUUCCGGGUGAUUCCGUUGGUGAGGGAGGUGGGUCGCACCAAACUGGAAGUGAAGGUGGUGAUCAAGUCCAACUUCAAACCCUCACUGUUGGCACAGAAGAUUGAGGUGCGCAUACCCACUCCACUCAACACUAGCGGGGUGCAGGUCAUCUGCAUGAAGGGCAAGGCCAAAUACAAGGCCAGCGAAAACGCCAUUGUGUGGAAGAUCAAGCGCAUGGCUGGCAUGAAGGAGUCUCAGAUCAGUGCUGAGAUUGAGCUGCUGCCCACAAAUGAUAAGAAGAAGUGGGCCCGUCCACCCAUCUCCAUGAACUUCGAGGUGCCCUUCGCUCCUUCAGGGCUCAAGGUGCGUUACCUGAAGGUCUUCGAGCCAAAGCUGAACUACAGCGACCAUGAUGUCAUUAAAUGGGUGCGCUACAUUGGACGCAGCGGCAUCUACGAGACGCGCUGCUAACCGGCUUUGGCUGGUGGGAGUCGGAGACUGGAACUAGAAAGGAGUGAAUGGGCAAGAGCUGAUGGGUUUCUUCCUCUCCUGGUCUCUCUCUUCUUCACCUUCUCCCCCACCAUGGGAGCUGUCUAAACACCCUGACAGCAAAGCAACAAAGAAAGAAAGACAGAAAGAAAGAAAAGCAUUCCUGAAAGUAUUCUGGGUGUCAUUUACACUGAGUUAAUUCAGACCUGUCCUGUUGAGGCGUCAACCAAGGAAUACUCAGAUAGGGCUUUUGUGUGUUGGGGGAGGAGGCGUCAGCAGUGGACGCUAAAGGAGAGGGAAAUGAAGAAGGUCUCGUAGUGCCAUUCUCUACACAGGAACACCAUCCCUACUCGACAAGUCCACUGUUCCGUUCCCUUACCCCCUGAUAUUCCGCUAAGCCUUCCAGCACCCCUUCCGCUAGGCUACCCCUCUUUAGCUCUGUAGUGAAGACGUGCUUCCUGAUCCCAGGCAUAGUCAGUGAGAGACUUUUCUAUUCCUGUGGCAUCCAGCACAUCACCUGCCAACCCACCCUCUCCAUCUCUGCUGUUGUAAUGAAACCUUAGGAUGUAGUGUAUAGUCAGUUUACGGGCAUACCUUGUAACAAGUUGAGCCCCUAUUCCUCUCAAAUCAUUUUUUUUAAUUUUUUUUUUUUACUUAAUUUUGUUUUUGUACCGCAUCUCAACUUGUGUAUUAAUUCUAUAUUGUCUGCGUUUUGUAUUGUGUUGGUUGUGUGCAACAGCCUCUUUCUAUAUCUUGGAUGUUGUAUGAAUGCCAUCUCCUGCUCUCCUUUCUAUCGCUUGUCAGCCCCCCUCCUAUCCACUUGUUCAGUAGCUGUAAGCUCUAAAUGCCACCGUUGUUGAUCCACUGGCGCAGAUGAUAAUGAUGCAAUCUUCUGCUGUUGUUUUGCUGUUUUUUUUACGUGCGGUUUUCUCUCUGUGACCAAAAUUUUCAGAAGUGUGAGAACAAAAAGAUUUAAAAAAAGGAGAGUAUAUAAAUACAUAUAUAUAGAUAUCUGAAAAAGGAUCUAGGUAAACUACCAAGCAGACUUUAAAAGUGGGUUUAAACCAGAGUAUCUGCAGUCAGUUUUAGUGUUUGUGUAGGAGUCUAUUGGGCUGGUCUGUGUGUGUUAUGUAUGUUUGUGUUUUCGUGUCUGGGUUUGAGCUCCUUGGUCCAAGACCUGCUCCACAUCUCUCAAUGGUAUAAAAGUCGUGCCCUCUGCCCUGCAAACCCUCACUUUGCCCUGGGUGAGCAUGGCACUGUGUGACCCUUUGGAGCAUCUGUAGUGAAGGCCAAACUCUCUGCACUGAUGACCUACAUCUUUGACCACAAGUUUACAACUGUCCAUUUAGACUUAAUCUUUAAAUAACUCUACCACAAGGCACAGCACCACACCAAGGGCAUCUCAUUCAAAAUGCCAAGGGCAACCAUCCCUGUUUUAAAGGGUGGUCCUCUCUUGCCAGCAUCCCUUCAAAUCUGAAUCAUGUAUUUGGUUUCAUCCAUGUUGCAGCCCUUUGAAAUAUUCAGCAGGGUUUGGAAAGAUAAAGGAAGCUUGGCGCUCAACUGCUGCACUCUGCUUUUAUUUUUAUUUUAAAACAUCAAUUUUUCCCUGAACAAACAGCAGCCCUGUAUUUGCCACUACUAACCCUAAUAGAACACUACAGUUGGUCUGGGUAUCUUAGGAUGGCUCACAAUGGUGUCAUAACAUUCCCAAUCUCCCCUCUCUCACAGUCUCACACACAUUUGGCUCAGCCCUGUCUUACUGUGCCCUGAGCGAUUGUCAGUAACUGUCUUGGGGGUGACUCAUUUCUAUUGGCUUCAGUGUCUGAUCUACAUUUGGUAACUUUGUGACUGUCCAGUUAAUCCUAACAAUAAUAAUAAAAAAAAAAGUAACCAAC